GACAUUUCUGCAGAGUCAGCAAAUUGGUUUUGUGUGACGUCAUAGUCACGCAAAUAAUUUGUGCUGAAUCAGCAGGGUUUGAGUUGUCUUCCACCACCACCACUCACUGGCACGAGUGAGUAGCCUUGUCGUGUGGUAGUGCAGCAGAUCACACAUCCUACGAACACCGGUCAGGACGUGAGUGCGCAUAAUCCAUUCCUGGGAAGGUGUUUUGCGCCGUAAACACUCCAUGGGCUUGUUUUGUAUGCAUGGUAAUGGCGGAGAGACGGCAGCCGUACGGCUACCGACCCAUAGGCCACGCGCCCCGCGUGCUCAACGACAGUCUUCCUGAGAGGGAGAGGGAGAGGGCCCUCAACCACAGACAACACCAGAAGAGCAUGAAAUCCUACAAGGUGUUAAUGAUAGGGGAGUCUGGAGUGGGCAAGUCUACACUGGUGGGGAGACUCUGCGAGGACAGGUUCAUGCCUGAACAUCGCCAGUACACACUCGGGUUUGAUAUGUUUGAGAAAGAGGUGGAGAUUGACAGCGAGAGAAUCAAAGGACACAGUGGUACGGAGACAUUUGACUCCAUCACCACCAGCUACUAUAGAGGUGGAGCCGGCAUAAUAGUAGUGUAUGAUAUUUCAAUGCUGCAAAGCUUCAACCAGCUCAUCAAGUGGAUCAACUAUGUUCAGAUUCAUGGGACGGCAGAUGUGUGUCUGAUGCUGCUCGGGUCAAAGUCCGAUCUGGAUAGCAGAAGAGAAGUCACAACAGAGGAGGGACAAAAGUUUGCAGACCACCAUGACAUCACACAUUUCUAUGAAGUGAGUGCAAAGACAGGAGAGAAUGUCACAGAGUCUUUUGAGGCCUUCUUCAGAGACAUCCAUAGAAAAUCGGAAGGUUCCCCGAUCCCCCAUGACCGGUGCGAACACCACCAUACAGAGGAGCUGCGCUUUUACUGCCGUAGGUGCCGCCAGGCGGUUUGCCGCGACUGCAUAGCCUUGGACCGCAACCACUGUCUACCUCCCUGUGAUUACAAGCCAAUCAAGGACCUAGCGAGGAUAUGUCGCGAAGGCCUACGAUCUUUCACCAAACGACUAGACGACAAGAAAGCCGAAGGCCAAGAGGAAAGCGGAGGAGUUGAGGCGAUGCUUAGGGAAGAUCGCGCGAAGUAUGAGGCCGAGGUAUGUGACUUCUACGACAGGCUGAUUCGAGAGCUCGAGAAAAAGAAGCAGAAAGCGAUUCAGGAGAUACGGGAGGGAGGCGAGUCAGUUAUUAGAGAACUCGGGGCAUGGCAGAAGGAGAAACGUGACCUUCUUUCACAGAUACAGCGUUACAGCAGAGUGUGGAGGGCCUAA